ACGGCACCUCCUCUCAACUCACUUUGGUCUCUCUUAUCAACAACAACAUAGCGCUACUUUUUGUACCUUUAAAAAAAAAGUGUUUCAAACCCCGUUCGAGUUCAUUCCAUUAUCAGCAAUCAACUCCACCAGCCUGGUAUCAACUCGUCCGGUAAUUCUUCGUGAAAUAAAGCUCAACUCAAAAUGGUACGUGCCUGGUUUAUGGACAACGAACCGACCGAUCAGCGUUUGGAGCAUCAGCUCGAUCCGCCCAAGUUCGUAACGCUGGACGAACUGUUUAAAACGACCGGAGUGGAAUAUUUCAAGAUUAAUGUGCCCACGUACGAUACGGAUGGGGUGCUGGCAAAGAUCCGCAACGAUCGUGGCUAUUCGUACGAGGAUGAAAUCACCUGUUCCGAGGCAUGUUUGCCCGAUUACGCGAACAAACUGAAAUCCUUUUUCACCGAACAUCUGCACACGGACGAGGAGAUCCGGCUGGUCAUGGAUGGGUCGGGUUAUUUCGACGUGCGCAAUGGGCCGGACGAUGCAUGGAUACGGAUUGAGGUCGUUGCUGGUGAUUUGAUCAUCAUUCCGAGCGGCAUUUACCACCGGUUCACGCUGGACGCAAAGAAUUACAUCAAAGCGAAGCGAUACUUUGUCGGAGAACCGGUCUGGCUUCCGUACAAUCGUCCCGCCGACGAUAUGGACUGUCGGAAGGACUAUUUGAAACGAUUGGAGGCCGGUUUUGUGGCGUAAAUCUUUGUGCUUGUGGCGUUGUACCAUAGCAUCAUCAGGUGCAAAAUGGUUACACUAACACAAUUAUACUAACCUGCAGAUAUUAUUUUUGAAUACGCAAUUUGUUAACCAUAUAUACUCCGGGUGCAGGCAUACAAUGCAAUGUUAUUGUUUUCUACAGAAAAAAAACGAAUUCAAAUUUUAAAACGAA